GGCGUCGCGGGUUCCUGUGCUCGGCGGCCCGGGGCGAGCGGCGACGGCGACAUGGAGAGCGGGGCCUAUGGCGCGGCCAACGCGGGCGGCUCCUUCGAACUGCGGCGCUUCCUGACUCAGCCGCAGGUGGUGGCGCGCGCCGUGUGCAUGGUCUUCGCCUUGAUUGUGUUCUCCUGCAUCUUCGGUGAGGGCUACAGCAACACACACAGUUCGGAUCAGAUGUACUGUGUCUUCAACCGCAACGAGGACGCCUGCCGCUACGGCUCCACCAUUGGGGUGCUGGCCUUUCUGGCCUCAGGCUUCUUCUUCGUAGUUGAUAUCUAUUUCCCCCAGAUCAGCAACGCCACUGACCGCAAGUACCUGGUCAUUGCUGACCUGCUUUUCUCAGCUCUCUGGACCUUCCUGUGGUUUGUUGGUUUCUGCUUCCUUACCAACCAGUGGGCAGCCACCAGGCCUGAAGAUGUGCUGGUGGGAGGUGACUCAGCCCGGGCAGCCAUCACCUUCAGUUUCUUCUCCAUCUUCUCCUGGGGCACACUGGCUUCCCUGGCCUACCAGCGCUACAAGGCUGGAGUGGAUGCCUUCAUCCAGAACUAUGUGGAUCCCACCCCAGACCCCAACACAGCCUAUGCCUCCUACCCCAGCGGAUCGGUGGACAGCUACCAGCAGCCGCCCUUCACCCAGAACGCAGACACCACCGAGGGCUACCAGCCGCCCCCUGUGUACUGAUCGGAGCUGCAGGGCAGGGGAGGAUGCCCGGUUCCCCUGGAUCCUGGCCCCCUGGAGAGCCCUGGCCUUCUGUGCCCAGCAGCACACCCUAAGUCCCUGCACCCAUAGGGCCUUAACAUGCACCCACUCCAGGGCAUUUUGAGGAAGGGUUAGCUAGAAGUUCUCUUGCUGUUUUUCUUCCCCCUUGGUGCUGGGGCUGGAACCUAGGGCCUCCUCACACAUGCUAGGCAGGCGCUCUGCCACUGAGCUACACUCCCAGCUCCUUUUUGCUUUCCAUGAGCCCGGUCUGCUAGUAGCAGCCAGUAGCCCACACUGUGCUCUUCUGACAAGUGCCUUAGUGUCCCCCUCGCCCCAAGGAGCUGAGCCCAGCCCAAGGCUGACAGCCGGCCAUCUGGGCUUUCUGCCAAAGAUGGGGGCCGGGGGCCUCACACGUCUCUCCAGUGCUGGGCUCAGGCUCGCACUCCUCACUCAGGUUUGCCACCUCCACCUCCAUGCCUUCAGCCCCAUGUCGUGCCCUACUCAGGCUGGGCUUGUGCUGUGUCCUCUGGGGCCUGCCACUCUGUGCCAAUCACUUCUGGGCUGGCUCUCACUGCCACAGGUAUGGGGCUGGUGCCCACCCGGGGGACCCAUGGCCCUUCCUUCUUGCUCCCAACCCUGGCAGCAGGGAGGGCCUCUGCCUGACAUAACGCCCAGCUUUAUGUAAAUAUUCUGCAACUUCAGUUACCAAGUGUGAGAGCCACAACCCACAGGCUGUUGGAAUGUGUUAAAAAGCCUCGGGGAGAUGCCCCUUGCCCUUGGAUUCUGCUGGACUGGUUUGGAGAUGGAAUAAAUGUUUUUCUCAGUUUC